UAUCUCUGUGCAACUCUGCACUUGUGUGUCGGUCAGAAAAUUAGCUGAAAACGUAUGUGUCGAUUGAAGUAAUUACACGAGUGUAAAAUCCUUUCCUAAAAACGAUAUCAUUAAUGUCGUUACAGGUAAUCAAAGCGUUCCAGCCACUACGCUCUUGUACAGCUGUAUUGUGGAAAUUUCAUCCACGAUAUUUGAAAUCGUAUACCAUCAAUUGCAUUAGGGGACGUACCUUCACAUUUGCCAGCGAAGCACAUUUCAGUGUUAAGAAAGUAGCAGCUGCCCCAUUUAGUGCUUACCACACAGAAUCGUUACCGACAACUGCCGCUUCAAAAGAAGCUACACCAAAUUGGGGGUCAAAGAAAAAUAAACGAAAAGUAAGGUUACGAUUUAACGACAUAAUGAGUAAUCCCGAGAUUGAAGCAAAGUUGGCACCAUUGCGGGGUGCAGUGCAAGAGCAAGGGAAUUUGGUGCGCGAACUGAAAGUGAAAGGUGCAUCAGAAAUCGAUAUUAAACGAGCUGUAGCUGAAUUAAAAGCUCGCAAAAAGUUGUUAGAAGAUCGCGAACUAGAGCUUACUCCCAGUGUCGUCACUUUCGAUCGCUCGAAAAUGGAAGACUUGCUUAAACGACGUUUCUUCUACGAUCAAAGUUUUGCAAUUUACGGUGGCAUCACAGGCCAAUAUGACUUUGGCCCAAUGGGAUGUGCUUUGAAAUCAAAUAUUAUCUCCUUGUGGCGUCAAUUUUUUGUUCUAGAAGAGCAAAUGCUUGAGGUCGAUUGCUCAAUAUUAACGCCCGAACCUGUUCUGAAAGCUUCGGGACAUGUGGAUCGUUUCGCAGAUUUGAUGGUAAAGGAUGUGAAAACUGGAGAAUGCUUCCGGCUUGAUCAUUUGAUAAAAAAUGCAUUGGAAAAACUAUCAAAGGAGAAGACUGCAACAGCGGAAUUAAAGGCUGAGUGUGAAGAUAUUGUUAUUAAGCUUGAUGGCAUGAAUAAGCAGGAGAUGUCCGACGUACUUUCAAAGUACAGUAUAAAGUCUCCGCUGACUGGUAAUGAUUUAACUGAACCGAUUGAGUUCAACUUAAUGUUUGCCACGCAAAUUGGCCCCACCGGGUUAGUGAAGGGAUUCUUGCGUCCAGAAACAGCUCAAGGAAUUUUUGUUAACUUCAAGCGUUUACUAGAAUUUAACCAGGGCAAGCUACCUUUUGCUGUUGCUCAAAUUGGCAAUUCAUUCCGGAAUGAAAUUUCGCCACGUUCUGGUCUAAUUCGCGUUCGUGAGUUUACUAUGGCUGAAAUAGAGCAUUUUUGUGAUCCUGUUCAUAAGAAUCAUCCCAAGUUUGAAAGCAUUGCCGACACCCGAUUGACACUUUACUCUGCAUGCAAUCAGAUGGAUGGUAAAUCAGCACAGCAAGUAACCAUUGGAGAAGCUGUAAGAAAUAGCCUAGUGGCAAACGAGACUCUGGGAUAUUACAUGACCAGAAUUCACCUUUUCCUCUUAACAAUAGGCAUAAAACCAGAGUGUUUGCGUUUCCGUCAACAUAUGAGCAAUGAAAUGGCUCACUAUGCUUGCGAUUGCUGGGAUGCGGAGUGCCUUACUAGCUAUGGCUGGGUAGAGUGUGUCGGCUGUGCCGAUCGAUCCGCUUACGAUUUAGGUCAGCACACCCAAGCCACCGGUGUUAGACUAGUGGCUGAAAAACGUUUACCCGAACCCAAGACAGUGGAAGUGUCUGAGAUUGUGCCCAACAAACAAACAUUAGGAAAAACAUUUAAGAAAGAUGCAAAGUCCAUUACUGAUGCUUUGGCUAAACUUUCUUUAAACGAAGUGAAUGAAAUUGAGCAAACCUUGAACGAUAAACAAGAAUUUGUGCUAAGCCUUCACAAUGGUAGCGAAUUCAAAUUGACAUCUGAUACUAUCUCUGUGAAGCAUGGCACAAAAACCGUACAUGUAGAGGAAAUCACUCCUAGUGUAAUCGAACCGUCAUUCGGGAUUGGUCGCAUAAUGUACGCGUUGCUUGAACAAAACUUCCAAUGCCGCGAAGGCGACGAACAACGUUGUUAUUUCACUCUGCCCUCAGUAGUGGCACCUCUAAAAUGUUCCAUACUUCCGUUGUCUAACAACGCGGAAUUCAAUCCAUUUAUACGUCAGUUAUCUACUGCGCUAACCAAAGCAGAGCUUUCGCAUAAAGUGGACGACUCGAGCGGGUCGAUUGGUCGUCGUUAUGCUCGCACCGAUGAAAUCGCCAUUCCGUUGGGAAUAACUAUUGAUUUCGACACGCUGAAAGAGCCUCACACUGUGACCUUACGUGAUCGAGACUCCCUGAAACAAGUGCGGCUUGGAAUAAAUGAAGUUAUCGAUGUAGUUAAAGAUCUCUCUACUGGCAAGAUUAAGUGGCCUCAAGUGAUGGAGAAAUAUCCCGUAUUUGAACAACAGGAGGCUACGAAGUGAUUCAUAAGAAGCAUUUAAAAAUGUCCAUGCUAUUUUGAUAAUGUUUUAGAUUUCUUUAAUUUUUUUACGUUUUGUUUUAUGCUAAAGUACGAAUAUAAAUUAUAACCGUAUUGCCUAAUGCUGACAACUAAA